CUGGAGCAGUCGUAUUGGGCUCUCGUCGCGAUGUACUGCUGUAUUUAGGUUUUGUGUUUAAGAAUAAUAAACGUGCGUCUGCUGAUAAUUGUAUGGCUAUUUGGUGUUGAAACAGCCGAAACAUUUGUGUUCUUAAUGGUUUCCGGUGAUGAUUUCAAUGGUGGCAGAUUACCGCGAAAAACAACUAGAUCUCCGAAUAGAAAAUCAAAGAAGGUUGAUGCAGAUGUAGUUAAAGGAUCAGCGUUGCGAAAUGAAUCGCAACCCUCUGUCCACAAAAGAAACCUCUACGUGGUUUCCUUUCCGAUUAUUAUUCUGUUCAACCUGUUACGAUCCAUUUUAUAUCAGUUAUUUAUAAUUUUCAAAUAUUUGUAUUCUGCAUCACAUCGGUUUAUACAUAGGCCUCGUAAAAGUGGUGAGUGCAAUUUGGAAGUGGUUGUUAAAGACGGGAUUAUAUCGACAGAAAUUGUCCACGCUGAAGAAAUGCCCUAUACAAAUAAUGUUGGACCAGGAGAUCCAUUACUAGCCAAACAGAAGCAUCAUCAUCGCAAGGCCUUUGAAUACAUAUCGAAAGCAUUGAAGAUUGAUGAGGAAAAUGAAGGUCAAAAAGAACUAGCCAUAGAAUUAUAUAAAAAAGGGAUCUAUGAAUUGGAGCGAGGCAUUGCUGUGGAUUGCUGGGGAGGUCGUGGAGAUGCAUGGCAAAGAGCUCAAAGACUACAUGAAAAAAUGAAAACUAAUCUGGGAAUGGCAAAGGACCGGUUACAUUUUCUUGCCAACCUUGUGGCCCUGAGUAAAUUGGGGGUUGAAACUGAGCCUGAGAGGAGUGAAAAAAAACCUAUGGAGUCCCCAUUAAAGGCGAGAAGGCCACUAGAGAAGUCGAAGACGACACUGCUAGCGCAUACAGAAAGUAACAGUGGUCAAACGAAGCCACCAACUGAAGUGGCCGGUCGUAAGCUAACAACAGCCAGCAGAAGGACACAGAGUGGAAUUGGCGGGCCCCUGAUGAAGUCCCAAACUCUACCUCGAUCUAUGGGCAGGUCAUCGUCACAGCCGAACAGCUCGAACGGUGGCUACAGUAGAUAUCCGCUGAAGCCGGCGUCCACACCUCCAGCCGUCAAACGACAAUUAUCUGGCGCAUAUCAGGUACCGGCGAACGGCUCACCAGUGAGAAGAGCAGUAAGUGGCGGCUCGCAGCGAGGCACGCCCACUAGAAGUAGAACCCCGCAGUCUACGCUUUCAGUACGAGGUGUCGAUCCCAAGCUGGUCCAACUUAUACUGGACGAAAUUGUUGAAGGUGGACCUAAGGUACACUGGGAGGAUAUCGCUGGGCAGGAUGCAGCAAAGCAAGCGUUACAAGAAAUGGUCGUCCUACCCUCGUUAAGACCAGAAUUGUUUACGGGUUUGCGGUCUCCUGCUAAAGGGCUUUUAUUAUUCGGACCGCCAGGAAAUGGUAAGACGUUAUUAGCAAGGUGCGUAGCUGCGGAGUGUUCAGCAACGUUCUUCUCAAUAUCUGCCGCAACUCUCACCAGCAAGUACGUUGGUGACGGGGAGAAGAUGGUGCGAGCGCUCUUUCAAGUCGCGAGAGAGUUGCAGCCGUCAAUAAUAUUCGUGGAUGAAGUGGACUCCUUGUUAUGUGAGCGGUCAACGGGCGAGCAUGAGGCGUCACGAAGGCUUAAAACCGAGUUCUUGGUUGAGUUCGAUGGGUUACCUGCUGCGGGGGCCGACAGACUUAUUGUUAUGGCCGCCACUAAUCGCCCUCAAGAGUUGGAUGAAGCCGCUUUGAGACGAUUUCCCAAACGCGUGUACGUUACGUUGCCGGAUUCACGUACGCGUGGAGCUCUGUUGCGUCGCGUGCUUUCCCGUGGGUCAGCGGCCGCUUCAAUCAGUGAGGAUGAAUUGGCGAGACUCUCUGCACUAACAGAUGGAUAUUCGGGCAGCGAUCUUACUGCACUCUGUAGGGAUGCUGCGCUUGGACCGAUUAGAGAACUAGAUCCAGAAGAAGUUAAAUGCCUGGAUCUCUCGCUAGUUCGGAACAUAAUGUACCAGGACUUUAUGGAUGCGUUGAAGCGAAUUCGGCCGUCGGUGUCGCCGCACAGUCUUGUCGCGUACGAGAAAUGGUCCGUGCAAUACGGCGAGCUUGGCGUAUGAAUACAGUGAUUGUUAUACAGGUACUAUUUUAUACAAGGAUCGUUAGGUGAUUUCAGAAGCGUCGGAUCAAAAUGGUUGCGUAAUAUGAAUGAAUUUUGUUGUAAAUUUUAUUAAUGUCGCUCAAAUGCCCAUCAAUUCCAUUAAUUUCAAUAAUUGUUUUGACAUUUGAUUAUUAUUGUAGUAUAAAGUUUAAUUUAAACUGGUCUAGUCAGGGGUUUCGUAGUUCAAUCAGCCAGAUGUAUGGCCAUACCAAUUCAAUGUAGUUAAUAGAAUAGCUCCUAAGAUGUAAUACGGCUGAAUGAAGAAGUCGCUUUUAAUGUUUGUAGAUGCUUUCGUUGUACACCUUUUCUAUUCAGUCGGGUUAUAUUGUGUUCCCGUCCAAAAGGAUGCCAUUAAAUUCCUUAUUAGGUCUUAGAGAUUUCCUCUUCUAAAUUAUUCAUUCAUCCUUUUGGCUAUUUCCGAAAUAUUUAUAUCGUUGUCGAUGUUAGAAGUAUGUAUCUCGCUUUUACAAUAUAUAUCGCGUACAUUAGACGAAGACGACACUAUUUUUAUUCAGUAUGAUUAUAAUGAAUUACGCACAAUUAAUGAAACUUAUAUAAGAAUUAUAUGAAUUUGUAUAUAAUUUGAUUGAUUAUUUAGAAUGAUUUUUUUUAAAUAAAUUGUUUAGUGAUUCUCUAAUAAAAUUACGAUGAACAACCUACAUUUUAUAUUAUAAUAAUAAUUAGUGAUGCUUAUUUAAAAAAAAAAUGUCAACAAUAUUAAGGCCUUUAUUUUAAUAGGUACCUCCGCUUGACCACUGUCAAUGUCAAAAUAGAGAAAAAUUUUGACAGCUCUUGAAAGCUGAUUUAAAUUUGAGGGAGUUUAUAAAAUACGGGCCUUUAAACACGUCUAAUAUAUGUAUUUUAAAACCGAUUAUAAGAUCUGUUAAUAUUGAAUUAAAUAAUAAAUAUUACAAAAUUAUUGAAGGUUUUCAUCGAGUAUUCAAAUUUUGCAAAACAAUUUUAUUUUAUUAUGUU